AUGCAUGCAGUCACCUGUGUCGGUGCGGCGACGCGAGGGCGCAAAAAGAAGACCAAGCAGGAGCUGGAGAAGCAGCUCGAUGCCGAUCCCGCCUUCAUCAAAUUUCAGGCGGAGCUGGCGACCGGCGGCAAGAUCCGCGCGUCGAUGGUCCCCAAGCUCCUGAAAACGGUCGACAACCUCCUCUCCAAGGAGUACAAGAUGGCGCUGCUGGAGUCGACGCAGCGACGCGCCAAGGACCCCUCGGCGGUGGUCGAGGCGGUGCGCCAGGAGGCGCUGCGGAAGCUCAUGCACGAGGAGGAUCUCUUCUUCGACGAGGGCGGCCAGCACAACGAGUUCACGAUGAAGGAGCUGCACGAGCGCCUGGACGAGGCGACGCAGGCGCGGGACCCGCACCACCACCCGCAGGAUGAGCAGCCGGGAUGGAGGCUCCCAUUGCCGGGCGAGCGGCCGCCGCGGAGGGAGGACCGAACACGCCUGCCGGGGCCGAUGUACAAUUUGGCACCGACGUAG